CUUCAGGUAAUGAUUCGCAGGGUAAUAUUUCUGGAUCAUUCUGAAAGAGACCUCUUUGACCUUGUUAUUUGUGUGGUAAUAACCAGACUUUUUCCCAACAGAUAUUAUUGACAAAUGUAUUCCAGUAAGUUGUGACAUAAGGAAUGGAUACAAUAUCCCUUUGAAAUAAAGCACGUAUAGAUCUGUUGUUCUGAGGGAGCAAGGAGAAACACAUUUUUCCUAUUGGAGAGUCAACUGGAUUAAGGGAGGGUAGGUCAAGAAGGUGAGGUCUGGUUACACCUCUAAACAACAUGUGAGUCCCAGAUGGAAUAGCAUCAGACUAUGGCGAACUCUAGGUGUAACCGGGAUAUAGUAACGUGAUAUAAAUUCCUCAUAAUUGAGUAACAAUCCUGAAUUAAAAAGCUGACUCACCAGCAGGAUAUUGUUGAACCAGUUCUUAAAAAAUAAAAUACUUGUUUCUAUACAAAAUAUCCUUAUUGUUCCAAAUGAAAUACCUAUGCGGGGCAAUUAAAAAAAUAUAUUAACGACCACGCUAAGAAUAACGUUCCUUGUCUAUGAAAAGCAGAUCAUUUUGUAGGAGUCUUAUCAAUGUCAUAGUUACAAAGUAAAAUAAUUGAAGCCACCAAAAUGGGAGAAGAAAUGAGGGAUGAAAUUCUAAAUUGAAGUUGGAUUCUUUAAGAAAUGUUUAUCACAAUUUAUCUUAAAAGUAUUAUUCAAAGUUCAUAACGACAGAUUUCCUAAUAUUGCCAAUCCGUUUCGACGGGUUUCUCGAAGAAAGCAAACGUCAGGCUCAUUCUCCGCCCUCUUUCCGUAUCAAUGCACGGCAGUUACACAGUAGGGAGGGGACUAUGGGGCUCCUUGCAAAUUGCUAGAGUUUGACACCCCAUUCGUCAAACGCUCACAGCUGAUCCACCGGCAAAGCACUGGAGGAGAAGUAACGUAGGACGGAGUAGUAGGAUGCUCUCACUAUAUUGGAGGACGGCUACAGGAGCUCAGAGAGACAUGGAGUUCAGGGAUCUAACGGCCAGGGCCGGACUCUGGUAUGAAAACUUCAUGAAGAAUGCAGACCCCAGGACAGAAGACUGGUUUCUCAUGUCGUCGCCGCUCCCCCAAACCAUAAUAAUUGUGGCGUACAUCUACUUUGUCACCCGUCUGGGGCCCAGACUCAUGGAGAACCGCAAGGCCUUCCACCUCAAAGAAAUUCUAAUUCUCUACAACUUCAGCGUGGUCGCCUUGUCCCUCUACAUGUGCUAUGAGUAUGUGAUGUCGGGCUGGGGGACGGGCUACACGUUCCACUGCGACCUAGUGGACUACUCGGACUCGCCGCAGGCAUUGAGGAUGGCUGGGACGUGUUGGCUCUACUACUUCUCAAAGUUCAUAGAGAUGUUGGACACAAUCUUCUUUGUUCUGAGGAAGAAGAACAGUCAAAUUACGUUCCUCCAUGUCUAUCAUCACUCUAUCAUGCCCUUUACCUGGUGGUUUGGAGUCCGGUUCGCUCCAGGUGGCCAGGGGACAUUCCAUGCCCUGUUGAACUGUGUGGUCCAUGUCAUCAUGUACUCCUACUACGGCCUGUCUGCCCUGGGCCCCGCCUACCAGAAGUACCUCUGGUGGAAGAAGUACCUCACCACUAUUCAGCUGAUCCAGUUUGUGAUCGUGACCACCCACAUCUGGCAGUACUUCUUCAUGAAGGACUGUCCCUACCAGUUCCCCAUCUUCAUCUACAUCAUUGGCCUCUAUGGCCUGGUCUUCCUCCUCCUCUUCCUCAACUUCUGGUACCACGCCUACACCAAGGGGAAGAGGCUUCCCAAGGUACUUCAGGCCAAAACCUGGGCCCACCCCUACAACAAAACCAACGGCGAAAUAACCAACGGGAAUGGUUUCCACUGUGACAAGGAUAAGUGACAGGAGGUCAAUCAAUCAGGCUCAGGAUCAAGAGUCGAUCUCAUUUAAAUAUGAGCCUAUUCAUGAACUGAAAUUAGACAUGGAAUUUAGAGUACUGGGGUGUAUUCACUAGGAACCAAACGGAUAGGUACCUACCUGAAUUUGUCUAAUAGAAACUGUCUUUUUCCAUUUUUUGGACUAAUGAUUACAUCCCAGGUUAGGUAUGCAGGAGUUUUGUUUUCCAAUAUAAAAGUCAGUGCACUAUUGAACUCAAAGAGAAUUGACCCCUCACCUCUGGACCUUCUGAUAUAUUCUUUUCUCUCUGCUACAGCAAUCUCUCAGAGUUAUGACCCAAAGCUUUACUGGAGUUUUUGUAUUAGAUAUUUUCCAACUUUUAUACCUGUGCUUUUUUUUCCUGUUCAGGGUGAAAGCACAAGUUGAGUGUUUUUUAUUUUUAUAAACAGAUUGUUGAUGUUAGACGUGUGUUAGGUUAGCCGAUGUUGGGGCAGUUCAGUAGCUUUGUCCCACCAGCCCAAAUGAACUCUGCCGUUUUAGAGUUGGUGCUGAACCUCUCUAGCUUUAGCUGUAGAAUUCAGCUGUAUAAUGUGACCUUGCUUUCAGCUGGUUUCUAUAUUUCAAUACCUGUACUUUUUUAUAAUUUUAAUACAUUGUCUGUGCAUUUAAUUGUAAACAUUUUAUAUAUUCUGCUACUGAAAGUCUAGCAGGAUUUUGUCUGUCUGAGUAUGUGAGCCAUCUUCCAUAGUUGAGGCCUGAUGUAUUUCCUGGGUCUGGUCACAUGGCUGGGAAAAACUCUGGUCCCUACCCAUAGUAUACCUGUAAUGAUGGAAGGAUAGAGGAUAACCAUUUUGCCAGUAAGAACCGAUGUUUACAUGUAUACUGAGUGGAGUGUAUUGGUGUUGACCCCCCCCCCCCUCCGUUUCAUAAACUCUGCACCCAUUUCUCUCUGGUUUGAGUCACAGCCUCUACUGGUGCUGAGAAACUUUGGAAGCCAACCUGCUCCUACUGUUAAAGAGCUGUAGGCCUACUUGAAUCUCAUUGAAAUCUGUCUGUAUUAUGUCCAACAGAAGUGACGGUGUGACAUUUGAAGCCAGAGAGAAAAGUGUGGCACUGUUCUUGCAGGAACCGGAGCAGAGUGCACAUUUCGCUUUAGCUCUGUCGCAAGCAAAGAACGACCCAUGAAAAACUGUAGCCAUUGUUUACCACUGCAUGCAUAUUCGUUUUAUAUCCACUCUUCCAAAUUGAGUUCAGUCUUAAUGCCAUGCGUAUGACAGUUAGUAUGCUUUCUCACUGGGUGUGUUCACGUUUGGUUUUCACCUCUGAGCUCUGCUCAACUGGUGAUUGAGGACACAGCAUUAGCUACGUGUAGGAUGGGCCUCCACAGGUGUAGUAAAACCCCAGUGCCUUGGGUGUAGGCUGAGUCCAAUAAGCAACAGCGAUCUAGCUGAUUUGAAAUGUAUUUGCUGAUGUUGGCUCUAGUGUGAGCGUGUUAUCCACAUGGGUUACUUUUCAGUGCCUUUGUCUAAGCCCCUACAGCUCCACCUUGUGGUUAUGAGUGUCCUCCAGACAUGAUGCUGCUAAUUCUGUAUAAAAACAGUCAUGUGUAAAGUAAUUAUUUUUGUAUUUAUAUAAAAAUAAAUUCUGUUUUAUACUUCA